CCCACGUGACAGGGGAAGCACUCCUAACCCCGAGGAGACUCAGCACAACUGGAAAAGGACAACUGAUCACCCGCUUCAGGAGAGCAGUGCCUGUGAGCGUUUGGAAGUGAAAGCUUUUCUCGCAGAGGACGGGACAGAACAGACAGCAGACACCAUGGAGUCCCCUUCAGCCCCUGCGCACAGAGGGUGCGUCUCCUGGCAGGGGCUCCUGCUGACCGCGUCACUCUUAACCCUCUGGAGCCUGCCCACCACUGCCCAGCUCACUAUUGAAUCAGUGCCGCCCAAUGCUGCCGAAGGGGAGGAUGUGCUUCUCCGCGUCCACAAUCUGCCUGGAAAUCUAUUGCUCUAUAGCUGGUACAAAGGGGAAAGUAUAAACAGCAACCUUCAAAUUGUAUCAUAUGUACCGGACACUCAAGCAGCUAACUUCGGGCCUGCAAGCAACAAUCGAGAGACAGUAUACCCCAAUGGAUCCCUGCUGUUCCACAAUGUCACUCUGCAGGACACAGGAAACUACACCCUACAUGCCACAGACAAAAGUGCUAAAAGCAUACAAGUAACUGGACAGCUCCAUGUAUACCUGGAGUUACCCAAACCCAACAUCACAAGCAACAACUCCCUCCCCGUGGAGCACAAGGACCCUGUUGUGUUAACGUGUGAACCUCAGACUCAGGACACCACCUACCUGUGGUUGAUCAACAGUCAGAGUCUCCCAGUCAGUGACAGGCUGCAGCUGUCCAAGGACAACAGGACUCUCACUUUACUCCGUGUCACAAGGAAUGACACAGGACCCUAUGAGUGUGAAACUUGGAACCCCGUGAGCACUGGCCGCAGUGACCCAUUCACCCUGAAUGUUGUCUAUGGCCCGGACGCCCCCACCAUUUCCCCCUCAGACUCCCAUUACCUACGUGGGACAAACCUCAACCUCUCCUGCCAGGCAGCCUCUAACCCACCUGCACAGUAUUCUUGGCUUAUCAAUGGGAGUUCCCAGCACCUCACACAGGAGCUCUUUAUCCCCAACAUCACUUCGAAUUAUAGUGGAUCCUAUGCCUGCCUUGCCCAUAACUCUGUCUCUGGCCUCAAUAAGACCAUAAUCAAGACUAUCACAGUCUCUGAGCCAGUGGGGAAGCCCUCCCUCCGAGCCAGCAAUGCCACAGUCACAGAGCAUAAGGACGCCGUGGUCCUGACCUGCCUCACCAAUGACACUGGGAUCUCCAUCCGGUGGCUCUUCGAGAACCAGAAUCUCCUGCUCACGGACAGGAUGAAGCUGUCCCAGGGCAACAGCACCCUCACCAUAAACCCCGUCAGGAGGGAGGACGCUGGGGGUUAUCAGUGUGAGGUCUUCAACCUGGUCAGUUCCAGCAUAAGUGACCCCUUCAGGCUGGACGUACAAUAUGAUCCAACACUACCAAGUCCUGGCCUCUCAGUUGGGGCUAUUGCCGGCAUCGUGAUUGGCGUCCUGGCUGGCGUAGCUCUGAUAGCAGCGCUGGUGUACUUCCUGUAUAUCAGAAAGACUGGAGGGGCAAGCGACCAGCGCGAUCUCACAGAACACAAACCCUCAGCCUCCAACAACAGUCAGGGCCUUUCUGACAACUCACCUAAGAAGAUGGAUGAAAUUACAUAUUCUUCCCUGAACUUCAAUGGCCAGGAAUCAAAGAAGCCAACUCAUGUCUCUCCGUCCCCAACAACCACAGAAACGCUUUAUUCAGAAGUAAAAAAGAAGUAAUGCAACCAGCUCUGCUCACUGCACUGCUGACUGAUUCUCAGCUUCUCAUCUCCAUCACUAGGAGACCCCUUUGCCCUGGGGGGGGGGGGGGGAAGAAGAGAAGAAGCCUCUUUUCCCCUCCUCCUUUACUCACUCAUGAGACACCUCCAGGUUCCAGGUCACAGCCCCUCCCUUCAGUGUCAACAGAUGAAAAGGCACAUCCGGGAGUCUGUAGGAAGCCCAACCUUCCUUGUCGUUGAAAUUUGGCAAAGCAGACCUUGGGAGAGAGUUGCCAGAACCUCCAGCCACUCCCCAUUCCCUGACCUAGACUUGUUCUAAACUUACCUAUUGAGCCCACCUUCAUUCCUUCCUGUUGGAGUCUAACUUGAAUUUGCCAUAACUUUGAGAGUUACAUCCUUAUCCACUGAAAUACAUGUGUCAGAGAAGAAGAGAGAGAAAAACUAAAAGCUUCUCCUAUCUUUCCAAAGCUCAGUGUGAACGGACCACACAAGAAAAUAAAUAUAUAAGCAAGUCUCAACACGGAAAUUCUACACCUUUGUCCAUUGUCAGGGUGUCUAAACACCUUUCUGCUUGGCUAGAAUACCACCUAAGCCUUUGCAAGCCUGUCUUCAGAGAAACCACUAGAAGCAACUAGGAAAACUAUAGGUGAUUCCCAAGGGAAAAUGUAAAAAAAAAAAAAAAAAGCACAUAUGUUUUAAUAACUUUAUGGGCUUUUAUUCAAGGAAAUGCCUACAGAGGAAAGAGGUUACAGUUUUAGAGGGUACUCAGCUCCCAAUAAGAAACAGUCUAACCGUGGCUGGUGUUGCUCAGUGAUUAGAACGUUGGCCCAUGAAACUAAGGGUUUCAGGUUUGAUUCCUGGUCAAGGGCGUGUACCUGGGUUGCAGGUUGGAUUCCUGGCCCCAGUUGCGUUCAUGCAGGAGGCAACCAAUCAAUGUGUUCCUCUAGUGUAAGUGUUUCUCUUCUCUAAUUCUCCCCCUCCCUACUUCCCUUUCACUCUCUAAAAAUUAACGGAAAAAAUAUCCUCAGGUGAGGAUUAACAAAAAAACAAACAAAAAAGAAACAAUCUUCGAGGAAUUUCAGAAACGAAUCAGGGUUACUCUUUAGAGAUUAUUUAAGUAAUUAUUAAAGAAUGCACAAUUUGGGGUAGUGGGUUUGUUCCCGUCUCUGAGACAUUUCACCAUUUUAAUCUUUGUAACACCUUAUGUGAAAGGGGUUGACUUUACUUAGCUUUGCUUUGUAAGCCAAUCUGAAGACUUUAGGUGAAAGAAGCCACCAAAGCUCCUCCCUUGACCAGGAGCUCCUCAAGCUUUUAUGUCAGUGGCUCCAAGUGGAAAAGAAGACCCAGUUUCUCUCAUUCAUGGCUGGAGGUGGAUCUAAGUCAGUUUCCAGGCAUCUCAGGCCAAUCAUCAACCACCAUUCGAGUCCAUGUUUCUGCCUGCGCACGUUCGGUCCAUCUUCCCCACUUACUGUCUCAGGAAACCUGGGCCUCUGCUAAAGUGUAUUUGGUCCUUGAGAAGUGGUAGCCCUGAAAGGAACACUGUCACUCACACUGUUGCCAUUGUUUACAACCCGGAAAGCUGCACUGGUGCUGAGCUCCUUAGGACACAGGGGAGGAUCAUAACUGGGCCCCAGGCUCUGGAAUUUUUCUCCCAUGGGGUCUGAGUCCCAUUGUGUCAGAAUAAAAAAGAAGGGAAAAGGGAAGGAGAGGCAAACUAUUGCCCACCCAGCCUUCCACACGGAUGACUUUCUUUGGGGCUGUUGAGAGAAAUAAUUUAUUCGAUAUUGAUUACUGGAUCUCAUACUGUGUCUAAGAGACCCCCCAGAGAGGGUUAGUUGGGAGUUCUCUGUACUCAGGUACCUCUUUCAGGGUUUUCUGACCCUGACACAGACUGUAAAUACUUCCCCUCAUCUGUGCUAGUCUCUGUUAUUUAAUUUUGUCUGGCUAAGGCCACUUCUGAAUUAUUUGUAAAACUUGCUCUAUAUUUAUAAUAAAAAUUAUAUAUCAGACAUCAA